AUGCCGGUGAUGUCGGUGACCCUCUCGGGAGAUGCCCGUGCGCAUCCGGGCGUGGGAACCCCGCCGUCGGCGAACGGAGACGCCAGGCCCAAGACGCGCGGAUGCCCAACCGUACCGCUGUGGGACAAGGUUCGCGCCGAUCCCGCGGACUUCAACUGCUGGACCGCCCUCAUCGGCGCCGCCGAACGGACCGAGGACGUGCACAAGAUCCGAGCCGUCUACGACGCCUUCCUCGCCGAGUUCCCGCUGUGCUACGGCUACUGGAAGAAGUACGCCGACGCCGAGUCGAGGCUCGCGGGAAUCGACGGCGUGGAGCACGUGUACGAGCGCGCCACCCACGCGUUCCCCUACAGCAUCGAUCUGUGGACCCAACGGGCGUCGCACGCCAUCGCGAUGCGACGCGACGCGGAAAAAGUUCGCGAGCUGUUCGAGAGCGGACUCGCGUACGCGGGCACGGACUGGCUGGCGCACCCGCUGUGGGACGCGUACAUUCACUUCGAGCAGCACAGCGGCUGUGGGUCUCCCGUGCACGUCACCAGGCUGUACGGCAGGGUGCUGCGGGUUCCCCUGAAGGAGCUCGACAAGUACUGGGCCGGGUUUGAGACGUUCGUCACGAACCGGAGCCCGUCGGCGGUGAUACCGCCGGAGGAACUAAGAGCCAUCGACGCGGCGGUGGGAGGGAUCCCACCCAAGGGGGCGACGGCACCCGGCGCCACCGCGGCGUCGAGGCUCGCUACCGAUGCCGCCGCGUCGAACGGAGUAGACGGAGGAGACGGCGCGGAGGAGGCUGCCGAGGCGGCGGCGCGGGCGGCGGCGACGGAGGCUGCGGGCGGGUCCGACCCGCGGCUGCUUCGGUUCCGAGACGUUCGAUUCGAAACGUACCGGGCGACCUUGGCGGUGAGGGCGACGCGCGAGCCCUUCGAACAGCGAGUCAAGCGCCCCUACUUCCACGUCAAGCCCCUCGACGACGCGCAGCUGGCGAACUGGGACACGUACCUGGACAACGAGGAGCGCGCCGGGGACGUCUCCAGCGUGACCCGCUUAUACGAGCGGUGCCUCGUGCCGUGCGCGUCCUAUUCGCGGUUUUGGCUCAGGUACGCGCGGUGGCAGGCGUCGGAUGCGGGGCAGGGCGUCGCCGCCGCGAGAGCCGCGCUGCAACGCGCGGCGAACGUGUUUUGCAAGCGCGACGUCGAGGUGCAUUUCGCGCUCGCUCGGUUCGAGGAAGCCGUCGGCGACGUCGACGCCGCGAGAGCCGCGUACGCCCACGUGGCGGAUGACGUGGCGCCCGGCCUCCUCCGAUGCGUCGUGGAGCGCGCCAACCUCGAGCGGCGGGCGGGUGCCUUGGACGUCGCUAAGGAGACGUACGAGCGCGCGAUGCAGGUUGAGAAGAGCCGCGAGGGCGCCGGGAGCAAAGCGUACGGGGUGUUGGCGUGCAAGUACGCGGCGAUGCUUCACGAGGCGUGCGGCGACGUCGAGGGCGCUCGGAAGGUGUACGAGCGCGCGGCGGAGGUAGGGGACGGCGCCAACGCGCUGGUGUGGGACGGGUGGCUCAACUUUGAGCGGUCCGUCGGGGCGAGCUUCGCGAACGUCCGCGCCGUCGUCGAGCGGUGCUGCGACGGCGUUUUCGACGAACCCCGAACGAGCGGGUCUCAUCCGUCGGGGCUUCAGCCGAGGCUUCCCGAACGCGAUCGAGCUCGGAUCUCCUCCGCGCUGGUCGAGUACGCGGACCUGGUGGGCACGACUGAACAGCUCGCGGACGCGGAGAGGGCGCACGAGCGCAGGUUCCCGGCUCGAGCGGGGGGCGGGGGCGGGGAGGACGGGGGCGCCGGGCGGAAGAGGUCAGCCGCCGCCGCGGGCGUCGAGGACGUCGCGGCGCACCACGCCGCCUACUACGCCCAGCGCGGGUAUCAGUUACCCGCGCAGUAUUAUCAUCAAUAG